AUGGUGGACUUACCGAACGGAUUUUGGUCUUCCUGCAAUCGGAGCGAGUCCGACUGGUUCAGGUCGAACUGGUCUUCGUCUUUCGAAUCGUCAGUGGCCAAUUCUACAACGUUUUUGGCCAUCUCCUUUAUUUGUUUCUCGUGGUUCAUGUCGAGUCCGUCCCUUGACAACGUCGAAACCGUCAACAACCUCACCGAAAACAACGUGCUUGCCGUCCAACCAAGAGCAUGGAACAGUAGUGAUGAAGAAUUGGGAUCCGUUGGUGUUUGGACCAGCGUUGGCCAUGGAAAGCAAACCUGGCUUGGUGUGCUUGUGCACAAAGUUCUCGUCUGGGAACUUGGAUCCAUAGAUACUCUUACCUCCGGUACCGUUGAAGUUGGUGAAAUCACCACCUUGCAACAUGAAGUCUGGAAUGACUCUGUGGAAGAUGGAGUUCUUGUAACCGAAACCCUUCUCUCCAGUGCACAAAGCUCUGAAGUUUUCAGCGGUUUUUGGAACGUCCUCGUACAAAGAGAAGACGAUCUUUCCCAAUGGUUUGCCUUUCGAGUUAGAACCUUCUUGAACUCCGAAUCAAGCCACCAAAGACUCAAUUCGCGUUCAACUUACCGUCAGCAGCAACUUCGAAGAAUGUCUUGA